CCCCGGGAUGACGGUGUCGGACCCAUCCCGCCAGCCCGCCGAAGCGGCGCCCGGGUUCGCCGGGCUGCCGGAGGAGCUGUGGGGCCGCGUCUUCGCCUACCUGGACCCGGUGGAGGACCGAGUCGUGACGCUGGCGCUGGUCUGCAAGAAGUGGAGCCGCGUCCUGCGGAACACGCCGGACCUGUGGCGCACGUUGAGCGUCUGCCGGCACCUGGAGGACCACCUGUACGACAGCGUCGCCGCGGCGCUGCGCGCGUACGGGCAGCACGUCCAUGUGCUCACCUGGAAGUCAGGUGUGCCCGUCACACCUGCCGUGCUGGCGCUCCUGCCCACCUUAACAAACCUGCGGGUGCUGGGCCUGCCUGUGGUAUGGGACAGAGAACACAUUUACCGUUUGAUGCCGCUCUCAGGGCUAGAGGAGGUUCAGAUCAACGGCGCGUUUGAACUGACGGACGGAGACCUGGAGCUGGUCGCGCGGUCCUUCCCCGAGCUGAGGGAGGUGACGUUCACGGCGUGCUGGGACCUUUCCCCCGAGGGAGUGCUCUCCUUCCUGGAGCAGUCCGCCGCCCUGCACAGCCUGAGACUGAAGCUGAACGUGGGGCUGCCCCUGCACGACGUGCGCAGCGACCAGGCCAUGCUACAGGGCGCUAACCUGGUCCUUGACCUGGCGGACUCCCGGUUCGCCCACCUCCUGACCGUGCUCCACUUGAACUUCGUCCCUCUGGAGCUGGACGAGCUCUGGAGCUGCAUGAACCAUUUCACACGCAUCCGCAAGCUGGUCAUCACCAACUGUGAGAGACUGCAGGGCGUGCGUCUCCGCUCGGGGGCGCUGCAGAAGCUGUACCUGUACAACCUGUGGAGCGUGAGCUUCGUCAGCCUGUGGACGCCGCAGCUGCGCAGCCUGCACCUGGACGCAGGGCUGGAGAACCUGGAGCACCUGGAGGUUUUCGCGCCAAAACUCAGGAAGCUGCAGGUGGACGGCAGCGGCGAGCUCAGGACUCUGAGUGUGAAGAGCACCAAACUGUCCAACGUAGAGCUCUACAACUGCGAACUGCUGGACGGGUUGGGCUUUACGCGCUGCCUGGGCAGCAACAUCACCGUCACGGUCCUGUCCCUGGGCAGCAUAGGCAUGGAGGCGCUAUCACUCGACCAAAACCGCUGCCCGAGCCUGCGGGAACUGCGCCUCCUGGCGGACUUUCGGUGCACUUCACUGCACCUGUCGUGCCCGACGCUGAGAAGGUUGUGUGCGGACUGUGACGUCAUGUUGCCCACGUUACAGAUUGUCUCGGUGGUGGCGAGGCAUGUAGACAGGCUGCACCUGGCCAACGUGCCGGGGCUUCAGAGUCUAACUGUACAGUGCGACCGCGUAGACCUUGUGGAAAUCAACACGACGGGAAACGUCAACGUCUGCCUCGAGAACUGCGCCGUGCAGGCGGUGGAAGAGUUGGGGACGCUGAGGCUACUGGACUGCCAGGUGCAGGCGCUGGUGCUGAGCGCCCCCUUGGUGCGGCAGUUGGUACUGCAGCGGUGCAUGGUGACGGACUACAGCCUGUGCAUGGCGCUGCGCGGCUGCCCGAACAUCCAGCGCCUGCAGCUGCAGAAGUGCAGCUCGCUGACGCGCGUCUCCAUCUGCAGGUCGCUGCUGCAGUACCUGCACCUGCUGGACUGCAGGGGCAUCCUGCAGGUGGAGCUGACGGACUGUCCCAAGCUGCUGGCCCUGGACAUCGGCCAGUGUCCGAACGUUAGACUCUUCGUGCAGGGAUCAGAGACAACCCCAAACAAAUACAGUGCUGAGAUGGUCUGGACAGGGCCGCCUGGAAAGAAGGCGAAAGUGGGAGAAAGGACCAAACCUGUCAGCAUCUAGAGUUGUUA